AGCGUAGCACUGCCACAUUUUUUGGGCCUCCUACCCGCGGAGUGACUACCCUCGACCUUUCCACAAUGUCACGCCCAGCAAAACGCGGACCUCCUAGCACGAUCGUUAUUAAGCUUGGAACAUCCUCCAUCGUCCAUGAAGAAACGCAUCAGCCCCUCCUAUCCAUACUUUCUGCGGUUGUCGAGACCGUCGUAAAUCUGCGCAGCCAUGGACACAAAGUGGUGCUUGUCAGUUCUGGGGCUAUUGGAGUUGGGUUGAGGACAAUGGAUAUCCCACAGAGACCAAAAAGUCUGUCUAAGAAGCAGGCUUUGGCAGCGAUAGGACAAGGACGUCUCAUUGCGCUAUGGGAUAACCUCUUCGGGCAGUUUGAUCAGCGAACCGCUCAGGUUCUGUUGACGAGAGGAGACAUAUCUGAUCGCACACGAUAUUUGAAUGCUGUCAAUACACUAAACGAACUCUUGUCGAUGGGCGUGGUACCCAUCGUGAACGAAAACGACACCAUAUCUGUCAGCGAAAUUAAAUUUGGCGACAAUGACACGCUAUCGGCCAUUACGAGUUCUAUGAUUCAUGCCGAUUACCUUUUCCUCCUUACAGACGUCGAUGGUCUGUACACGUCCAACCCACGAAAAGAUCCCUCUGCAAAAAAGCUUGAUGUGGUCAUCUCUGUUGCUGCCAUCCGAGCACAAGUCAGCACAUCGACUCUAGGAUCCAGCCUUGGAACCGGUGGAAUGGAAACAAAACUAAUCGCAGCUGAAAUCGCAACUGGCGCUGGCGUAACGACUGUUAUCGCAUCCAGCAAACAGCCCUCAGCGAUCGUCGAUAUCAUCGACUAUUAUACAGCACUGAGAAGCACGUCAGUACCCACUUCAGGUGCCGCUAGCCCCAUCACUCCGCAAAAGCUCAAUCAGGUCGACUUGGAUGAAGUCGCUGCAUCCCUCAGUUGGCCGAGGCCCCCACAUACUGUCUUCAAGCCUGCUUUGAUUCCCAUGCGGGACCUGAAGGCAUGGACGAGUCAUACACUUUAUCCAGCAGGUAGCGUGAUUAUUGACUCUGGGGCGCAUGCCGUAUUGUCUCGUCGAGAAUCUGGUGGCCGCCUGCUGCCAGCUGGGGUGCUCGGAGUUCGAGGCUCAUUUGCCUCUGGCCAAGCAGUCCGCAUACUAGUCCAACGCCGUGCUGAAGGAGUUCCAGUUGAGGCUAAGGAAGUUGCGCAAAUGCCAUAUUCCAACGUAGCUGCAACGACGCCAUGUACACCGAUCCUAGAACCUGGGGCGUCGGUGACAGCCUCAGUUAUAUCACUUGUUCCACUCUCGCGUUCUGGAUCGUCCUCAUCUUUGGCAGAUGAUAUGACAUCUGAUUCUCAGACGAUUACGGAUGAUGAGAUCCCUUUGAUCGAGAAGAUGGACGAAUGCGAAGUCUGGAAUUGUGUAGAAGUAGGACGGGGCUUAGCGAACUACAAUUCUGCACAGAUAUCCCGAGUGAGGGGCCUAAACAGUUCCCGGAUAGUUCAGCUCAUCGGUUAUGCAGACACAGAAUAUGUUGUAGAAAAUAUCACGAUCAGAGUGUCUGCUUGAUGUGGCAGUGUAGAUGUAGAUUAUUUGUGCUGCACAAACAAGAUGAUUUAAUCGAUGAAUUUUUUUGGCGAG